AUGAGAAACUGCUGUGCGGUGAAUUGUGCUAAUCGAGGUGGUCAGGGCUGGAGAUUCUUCACUAUACCAAGAGGAUCUCAUCCCUUCCAAAAGAAUAGAAGACGGUUGUGGCUGCAAGCCAUAAAACGAGUGGAUUGGGGCCCUGAUGGUCUGAGGGGUGAUUAUAGCUUGUGUGGAGCUCAUUUCAUCUCUGGUAAGUGUGUUCGGGCUGGUUAGCAAAUGCUAAUACGUUCGCUAGUUAAAGCUAGAAUCACAUAAUCAAUAAAAAUAACAAAGCGAAAUCCCGCCUUUGUUUCGCUAAAAAGUUAGGGGAUGGGGUUUGAGAAAUGUAUCCAACCACUUAAAUUCACGUGUGUGUCGUGAACAACAAUAGUGGAUUCGGCGGUUCGCCUUUAAAAUAAAAGUACCUCCCUGUUAACUGAUGCAAACGGAUAGAAAUUGAGGAAUCAUCACACAAUUGUACUAGAUAAAACUAAACAUGGGUUGGAAUGUUUUUAUAUAAAUUCAACAAAAGAGAACUAGUUAAUUUGACACAAAUCAAAAUCUUUGAAAUCGCAUUGUGGAUGUAUUAGACUAAGUAAUUGAGUUGUGGGCAUACUUCUCUUGCAAUGUGUACAACCUUAACCCAUUUCAUGGACCCAAGAUCCAUAGGUAUCAGCCUACUCAGUGACACCCACAAAUAUUAGUGUAGUAGCUCUUCUUGUGGGACUUGAGUACAUGCAGUGAUUUUUUUUUUUACUUUUCCAGUUGAAAAGCAAUAUCCCAAGUAAUUUAUAAAUACAGUAAAGUACACUCACUAAAGGGUAAAUAAAUGUUUUGAGCAAAAUAGUUUUUUUUCAACGAGUUGGGCAGGGGUAGGCAACCCUGUUCCUGGAGUGCGGCAGGUACUGCAGGAUAUUGUUCUAACUAGGCACCACACCUGACCAACUGAGCUAAUUGAUCAGUUCAGUGAUUGCCUAAAUUGAACACACCUGGUGUUCCAGGUUGGGUAAAUCAAAACAUCAAUUGCCUGCGGCACUCCAGGACCAGGGUUUCCUACCCAUGGAGUAGGGCAUUCAGAGGAAGGCCCAAAAAAUUAUCGAAGACUCCAGUCACCCAAGUCAUAGACUGUUCUCUCUGCUACCGCACAGCAAGCGGUACCGGAGCGCUAAGUCUAGGACCAAAAGGCUCCUUAACAGCUUCUAGCCCCAAGCCAUAAGACUGCUGAACAAUUAAUGGACAACCAGACUAUUUACAUUGACCCCCCCCCCCCCCCUUUUGUUUUUACACUGCUGCUACUCGCUGUUUAUUAUCUAUGCAUAGUCUCUUUACCCCUCCCUACAUGUACAAAUUACCUGGACUAACCUGUACCCUCACACAUUGACUUGGUACCAGUACCCCCUGUAUAUAGCCUCGUUAUUGUAUUGUAUUACUUUAUUUUUAUUUUUUUUACUUUAGUUUAUUUAGUAAAUAUUUUCUUAACUGAACUGCAUUCUUGGUUAAGGGCUUGUAAGUAAGCAUUUCACAGUAAGGUCUACACCUAUUGUACACUUCUCAAAAAAAUAAAGGGAACACUAAAAUAACACAUCCUAGAUCUGAAUGAAUGAAAAUCUUAUUAAAUACUUUUUUCUUUACAUAGUUGAAUGUGCUGACAACAAAAUCACACAAAAAUUAUCAAUGGAAAUCAAAUGUAUCAACCCAUGGAGGUCUGGAUUUUGAGUCACCCUCAAAAUUAAAGUGGAAAACCACACUACAGGCUGAUCCAACUUUGAUGUAAUGUCCUUAAAACAAGUCAAAAUGAGGCUCAGUAGUGUGUGUGGCCUCCACGUGCCUGUAUGACCUCCCUACAACGCCUGGGCAUGCUCCUGAUGAGGUGGCAGAUGGUCUCCUGAGGGAUCUCCUCCCAGACCUGGACUAAAGCAUCCGCCAACUCCUGGACAGUGUGGUGCAACGUGGCGUUGGUGGAUGGAGCGAGACAUGAUGUCCCAGAUGUGCUCAAUUGGAUUCAGGUCUGGGGAACGGGCGGGCCAGUCCAUAGCAUCAAUGCCUUCCUCUUGCAGGAACUGCUGACACACUCCAGCCACAUGAGGUCUAGCAUUGUCUUGCAUUAGGAGGAACCCAGGGCCAACCGCACCAGCAUAUGGUCUCACAAGGGGUCUGAGGAUCUCAUCUCGGUACUUAAUGGCAGUCAGGCUACCUCUGGCGAGCACAUGGAGGGCUGUGCGGCCCCCCAAAGAAAUGCCACCCCACACCAUGACUGACCCACCGCCAAACCGGUCAUGCUGGAGGAUGUUGCAGGCAGCAGAACGUUCUCCACGGCGUCUCCAGACUCUGUCACGUAUGUCACAUGUGCUCAGUGUGAACCUGCUUUCAUCUGUGAAGAGCACAGGGCGCCAGUGGCGAAUUUGCCAAUCUUGGUGUUCUCUGGCAAAUGCCAAACGUCCUGCACGGUGUUGGGCUGUAAGCACAACCCCCACCUGUGGACGUCGGGCCCUCAUACCACCCUCAUGGAGUCUGUUUCUGACCGUUUGAGCAGACACAUGCACAUUUUGCAGGGCUCUGGCAGUGCUCCUCCUGCUCCUCCUUGCACAAAGGCGGAGGUAGCAGUCCUGCUGCUGGGUUGUUGCCCUCCUACGGCCUCCUCCACGUCUCCUGAUGUACUGGCCUGUCUCCUGGUAGCGCCUCCAUGCUCUGGACACUACGCUGACAGACACAGCAAACCUUCUUGCCACAGCUCGCAUUGAUGUGCCAUCCUGGAUGAGCUGCACUACCUGAGCCACUUGUGUGGGUUGUAGACUCUGUCUCAUACUACCACUAGAGUGAAAGCACCGCCAGCAUUCAAAAGUGACCAAAACAUCAGCCAGGAAGCAUAGGAACUGAGAAGUGGUCUGUGGUCACCACCUGCAAAACCAGUCCUUUAUUGGGGGUGUCUUGCUAAUUGCCUAUAAUUUCCACCUGUUGUCUAUUCCAUUUGCACAACAGCAUGUGAAAUUUAUUGUCAAUCAGUGUUGCUUCCUAAGUGGACAGUUUGAUUUCACAGAAGUGUGAUUGACUAAGAGAAAGCAAGACACAGAGAAUAUGACGUCCAUCUGAGUAAAGGGUCUGAAUACUUAUGUAAAUGUUAUAUUUCAGUUUUUUAUUUUGAAUACAUUUGCAAACAUUUCUAAAUACCUGUUUUUGCUUUGUUAUUAUGGGGUAGAUUGAUGAGGGGGGGGGGGGGGACGAUUUAAUCCAUUUUAGAAUAGCGCUGUAACGUAACAAUGUGGAAAAAGUAAAGGGGCCUUGCUUCAUCGCGCUCUAGCGACUCCUUGUGGAGGGCAGGGCGCCUGCAGAAUGGUGUUUCCUCCAACACAUUGGUGCGGCUGGCUUCUGGGUUAAGCGGGCAGGUGUUAAGAAGUGAGGACGCAUGACUCGACCUUCGCCUCCCGAGCCCGUUGGGGAGUUGUAGCGAUGAGACAAGAUCGAAAUUGGGGAGAAAAAAGAGGCUAUAAAAAUUAAUAAAACACAUAUGGAAAAAUACCUGUUUUAAAAUGUCUACAAAUCAAUUGAACAGGUCAGGGUUCCAUAGCCCCAGGCAUAAACUGGAUCAGCAGCACGACCAGGUGGACUGGGGACGGGGAUAGCCAGGAGUCAUCAGGCCAGCCAGGUGGUCCUGAGGCAUAGUCCUAGGGCUCAGGUCCUCCGCUAGGGGCGAGAGAUGGGAGAAUUAGAGGGGGCAUGGGGGGGGGGACACUGUAGCCCCGUCCGACAAUACCCCCUGACAGGGCCAGCCAGGCAGGAUGUAACUACAUCCACCACCCACUUUGCCAAAGCACUGCCCUCACAUCACCUGAGGGAUAGGCUGAUACCCCAUUUCAUGGACCCAAGAUCCAUAGGUAAGGCUUUACAUUGCAAUAUGAAUGUCCAAUACAUACAAUGGACUGACUGGGAAGGUGAUUUCCCACAGUUACGACGCUAAUAUUUGUGAAUUGUUUCAGGAAACUAGGCGUAUGUCGCACGUCACUACUUCACAGGAGCAGCAUUUGAACAUUUUAUUUUUAUCAAAAUGCGUUGUUUGGCAGAAAUGCCUUCUGGAACAUGUGAACUUUCAUGUGCCUUAAUAACAAACUUGUAUUCCAUCCAUAGUUAUGAAUAAAAUUGUUAAAUUACGAGCCUAGUUGGUUUAGCCAUGGAAAAAGACAGGAACCUUCCCGCUAGCCAUGAUUGGCUGAGAUAAUGUAUGGGCUGGACAUGCCGGGACAUGAGUUUGGAUUGGUCUGCCAUGUAACACGCCUAUGUCUAUAACGUGAGCUGUUCAGUAUGUGUUGACAGUCCUUUAUACCGCGCCGUUUUUGAAAGAUAUAACGUUAACCAUCGAGAACUACAUACGUUUUGCUACUUUUCUCAACAACAUUGAUACCCUGAAUUUAGCAGGCGCUAUCGACAGACCAGGAGGAAAAAGUGAUGGGCUACUUUCUGCACACGCCACGGUCAGUGUGAACCAGAGUGACUUGACACAACGCUGGCCAAACAAGUAGCUACAAACAAAACGGAGUUAAAUGGUUCCUGUUUGCCGUGAAGCUUUCAUCCAUGUAUACGGGUAAGAGUCUAGCUACAUUUCCCAGAUAAAAGUUUCGAAUUUAGUCAGAAAGUUGUUUUUUAUUGCAAGUUAAAGCGUACUGUUAGUUAGCAAACGUUAGCUUGAAGGCUCGCUAGCUAACGUUACGUGUAUGAUCUGUGUAGUAAUAUUAUUUGAAUCAGAAAACCAUUUGCAUUGCUAGAUAUAGCCUAAUGUUAGCUAACUAAAAUUAAACCUAGUUUGUUAGCUUUAGCUACCUGCAGAUUCAUACUACAGCUAUGACAAUGUUUGUAUUGGUAGUAGUAUGAGUUGGGGUUAUGCCGGUUCGUUGUUUAGCUAGCUUUCUAGCUACCUACCUUAAAUGUAAAUGUCUAAACAAAAGUCUCCACUUCAGCCGGAUUAUUACAUGACCCAUCAAAUUAGCAGGUGUGUCUGGGGGUUAUUACGGCCAUCGAUUGUAUAUCCUGAACAUGUGUACAUGUCUAGACAAUAGUGAUCCAUCCACUUAACUAGAUGUGUGUGAGGGGUGAUUUAGAACAUAUUUUUAUCUGGACACUUUCUGUGUUUGAUAUUGCUACUAUGCAAGUACUAUCACUGUACCGUUUACACCUUCUGUAUCCUGUGCAUGUGACAAAUACAUUUAGAUUUUAUUGGAUAUAGCAUGUGUUUACCACAUUUUUACAUUUUAGUCAUUUAGCAGACGCUCUUAUCCAGAGCGACUUACAGUUAGUAAAUACAUAUAUAUUUUUUUCAUACUGGCCACAUGUGAAUCCUUAAAGAGAUGGGUUGGGCUAAGGCUUAAGAGGGUGUGAACGAUGCUGAAUGGGUGUAGACAAAGAAGAGCUCUCCAGUAGGUGUACCAAAACAUUCAAGGGCCAUUUUCUCAAAAGUGGGGUUACAAGUUUAUCAACUUUCAAAGCAGAAUUACUUUGUUCUUCAACUGCAGUGUAUGUUUCUAGCUCUGAGUCUCUACUUUUAUCCAAUGUAAAAAACACCAUUUCAAAUGUUGCUACAUAAGACUGAAUCGAGAAGACCGAAUCGAGGUGGUCAGUCAUAUUUGUUUAAACUCUUUAAAAUUGUAAUCUGUGGGUCUCACAAAGUAGGCUGAUACCCCAUUUCAUGGACCCAAGAUCCAUAGGUAAGGCUGUACAUUGCAAUAUGAAUGUCCAAUAGACUGACUGGGAAGGUGAUUUCCAAAAAUGUUGAGGCUAUAAAGUGUUUUUCUUUUACAUUGUUUCCAAACAUUGGAGUAAAACAAGCUUAUAUUUUGGGUUCUGAUGUGGUACGACAGUUAAACUAAGCUCCUGAGGCAUUUAUACGUUACUGCUAUCUUCAAGAAUCAGUGGGUAUAUAUCAUUCAUUUAUAAGUCUAAAAAUGGAUUUAGCAACUAAGGAUUCUAGCUUUAAAGGGAUAAUUAACUCAAUUUACAAAAUAACAUAUUGGUUUCCAUACCCUGCAAUGGACAAGGUAUGACAGCAAUUCAAUUCUUUAGUUUUGUUUACCAUGCCACUGUUUCCAAAUGCGAACUUUUUAGCAUUUGUGGUACAUCCAACGCAAGUCAAUGGUACCGAUAUCUUUUUUUUUUUUUACCUACACAAUCAAUUCUAGAUACUUAAGGAUGAUUUUGACAUAGUUUAGCAAGCCAAGAUAAAAUAACAUUCUAGUAAGUCAGAUAAGCUUGCUAGCAUUGUUAGCCUACUUGCCAGUCCAUUCGCUAAUCACAAUACUUCUUUACAACCAGGAGAACCUUCUAUGGACUAUGACAGCCCCGAUUUUGUUCCAUCAAUAUUUCCCCAAGGCAAACAGACAAGGUAUGUUUGUAUUCAUUACAUUUCGUGUUUACCAUUUUAAAUGCAUUUUCAUAAAAUUGCUAAUUCUCACUUGAACUCUACUGUGGUCCCUAGAAACUCAACAAAGACAAGACGCAGUAAAGUCCAGUCUAACGGCAGUGCUGUUGCCAUGGAAAGUCCAGACACAGAGGUUGAUGUCCUUCCUGAA